CCUGCAAGACGGAGCGAGCGUUGCGAUGGACAAAAAGACCGACUCUCGCGCGGAUCCAGAGACUGGCCGUUCGCUCGAUUUUCCUCGCUCAGUUGUACUCGGCGAACGUAACGCGACAGAUCGCUCGUUGCGUCCCGGAUGUCUCGUACGCAAAUAUCGCGUCGACGUCUUUUCCCAGGGUGACAACACCGAUCGCUAUCGAGUUGCCGCACCAACGGCAAAAGUGAUUAUCAAGCGCAACAUGAGAGCCCGAAUAGUCUUGCUAGGAGUUUUACUCAUCUGCACCAGCAUUCGAUAUGCAGAGGGUAGAUCGAAAAAGACGAAGCAGCUGUCGCUACAGAGCAAAGAGACCAACGUGGUGAACUUUAUGCGAUUGCUGGUGAUGAGACUGGUCUUCGGGGUAGCUUCGGCGAUGGGGUUGGGUGAAAAUCUCUCGGGUGUUCUCGGCGGAAUUUUCGUACCACCUGGAGCCGAUGACUACAAUGACUACAAUGAUUAUGGCGAUGAUGUCGGUUUCGUACCUGAUUUUUUUUAAAGAAGAUACCUUCUAGUUUAACCGCACGUGCGCUUCGACUACGUUAUUUGUACGAGAAUGUCGCGUCUCGAAAAGUUUAUUCAAAGUGACAAGGUAAACUUUCAAAUUGUUAAAUCUCUUGAAAAGUUUAUUCAAAGCAACAAGGGUAAAUUUUUAAAUCGUUAAAUCUCGAUAAAAUCGAUCGGUUCGAAUAAUGGAAAAUUAUUUUUUUAUUAGCUUUGAAUAUCAGAAAGAUUAAUUGAAUUGAGCAAAAUGGAAUAAAUAUACUCUUUAUGGAAAGUUAUAUAUUUUACUACCAUAUACUUUAAUUAUUUUCUUGCCAUCGGCAAGCUCCAUAUUGUGUUCUAUUAAAGGAUACAUUUUAGAGUUAGAAGAAUUACAAGAAAACGAUACAAAUUAACAUUAGCGCUUGCAAACUUUGCAUAAACAAAUACUACUACAUUGCUUCUAACAAAAUGUAACUCAUCACUCUUGGAAUUAAAAAAGUUCUCUCUCCUUUAUAUUUUACAUUAUAUACUACGAUAACGUUAAAUAUUUGAAAAUUUCUAGAGUCUAAAUAAUCACUCGUAUGGCGCAAUAACCGGAUUAUGAUUCAGCCGCGAGUCCGUUCAUCUCGCACGCAAGAGGCUUUUUAAGUCUUUCGUACCGUUACCUGUAAUUUCGGUAAAGCUAAUGGACGCGCAUCAGUUACUGCAGUUGAAGAUAUGGAUAGCAAAAUAGCUGUUUCCGCUUUCCGUUUUAUCUCAUACCCAUCAAUUCCGUUGGUUUCGGUCCAAUGAAAUGAGCAUCUGCUGCAAUAUACCCGAUAAAAAUCCGUAUAGAAAUAAAUUUGAUGUUUAUCUUCUGAAAAUGUUGCAAGAUCCAGUUUCGACUAUCUUGAUAAAGAUGCAAUGUUUUUAUUAGUUUAUUUCGCAUCUCGUUGAAAUAAUUGGAAUGUACUUAAAAGUGUCAAAUACUUUCGAAAUAAUCUGCAAACAUGUAAUAUAAAAUAGAACUUAUACAAUUAUUACAAA